AUGCGGGACGACGUGGGGGCGGUGGCGACGGCGUUGGACCUGAGCCGGCAGACGAUACGGACGAUCAAGCAGAACCUGUUCGGUGCGUUCUUCUACAACCUGCUGCUGAUUCCGGUGGCGGCGGGAGUGCUGUACCCUGUGUUCCAUGCCGUGGGCGGGGUGCCGGUCUCGCUGGAGUUCUUCUUCGGGCAGCAGGGAUUCCUGAACCCGGUACUGGCGGCGCUGGCGAUGGCUUUCAGCUCGGUUACGGUAGUCAGCAACUCACUGCGGUUGCGCGGGGCUGCCAUCCAGUCCUAUACUAGGGCAUAG